CCUUCUCUCUCUCUCUCUCUCCUUGGUCGGCGCAGAAGAUGGUGGUCGGCGGUUAGUUCCAACUUCGGACACCUCGGUUUUUCCGCGUCGAGCGCGCUGAUCGUGGCGGUGAGUGUCCGAGUUUGGGCGCACGCGCUGCCACCUGUUCUGCUGCUCCACAGAGGGUUCCUGAGAUGACGGAAGUGGAGCCAGUGCUGGACUUUGCCUCCUCGGGCCGUUCGGGGAGAAGAAACGCCUUGCCAGACAUCCUGGGCUCUCCGGCAGGCGUGAACCCCGGCGACCUGCCUCUAAAACUGGCCGAGCUGUCCCUCAAAGAUGGGCCAGGAGGUGCUCAGUCACCUAUGGCGGAGGAGCCUCCAGCGCCAGAGGAGACCUCAGAGGGCAAAGACGGAUCCUAGGGACUUGUUCAUUUACCUCCCAGGAGUCCUGCAGAGAUAACCUGAGACAAGCGAUGUAGAUGAACGGCAACCUUCAGGAGAACGUGCGCUUGUCUCUGAAGAGUCGGCCUGUUUAUGGAGCAGCUGAAUUACAGACGGACCACGAUGGAGCCACUUCGAAGGUCUGGAGGCUUCAGACUAUAUAGCUCACAGCAGGAUGUGAAAAGAGUCUCAAGUGGCACCGUGUGUGUGUGUAUAUAAGUGUCUUAGUCACUUGGAGAGACUCUACACUGAGACUCACAAGGACACUGGCAGAUUAUACAGUAUAAACUUCUAUUUUUGUAUAAAUUAUAUAAAAAUUUAAAGUGCAAGAGAAUCUCAGAAUGCAAACAAUUGCGGCUGCUUUUGUGUUUGAGUUUAAUCUGGAAACAGUCGGAGAGUUUUCAUUCAGCUGAAUGCAAAAUGAUCACGGUAACCAUCAGGAAAAUUAGAACUGAGGUUGGAGAAAAGUUAUUUUACAGAAAAAUCCACUUUGUAAAUGUCCAGUUUGUAGCCAUGUCGAAGGAAUCGAUACUUAAAAAAAA